CAAUUAAUCAAUCUGUUUGUGACUGUAUGCAGGGUGACUACCAUCCCAACCAUAUUGUUAUUCAAUGGUUCUGGAGAGUUGUACUGUCCUUCAGCAACGAGAUGAGGUCCCGACUGCUUCAGUUUGUAACUGGUACUUCUAGAGUACCUAUGAAUGGAUUUAAGGAACUGUAUGGCUCGAAUGGUCCCCAACUGUUUACUAUAGAGAAGUGGGGAAGUCCAACCAACUAUCCAAGAGCGCAUACGUGCUUUAACAGGCUUGAUCUACCCCCCUAUGCCUCCUAUCAACAACUCAGAGACAAGCUGAUCAAAGCGAUCGAGGGAUCUGAAGGAUUCGCCGGAGUCGAUUAGUCGAUCCAUAGUUUCGAGCAACUGAUCAAAACAAUUUGAUCAAACUGAAUUAGUUAUUAUUUUUACAUUCUAUAAUUCAAUCAAAUAUUAUUCAUCUUUUCAACUUUCUUAUUUCAGAUCAAUUUAUUCCUAUAUCCUUACUUCAUUCUUCAGGAUAUUAAUUCCGUAAUUUCACUAUUUCAAAAUAAGGAUCGUUAUUCCGUUUUCAAACUUGAAGAUUGUUUUACAUAUAUCCUACUUUAAAACAUAAAUUUAAAGAUUGGUUCUGAUUUUUGUAACGUUCAUUUUUACUAAAAAGAAAAAACAUGGCCAGUUUUGCUUAGCAUCCAAGCCGGGGGCCCUUUGAUUUAGAAGAAGAAAUUUCGCAAGUUAAAAUAAUUGAUUUUAGUUUUACUUCUUGUUUUUUUUAAUAAAAUUUUUAAGUGGG